AUGGCGAACAUGGAGCGCAGACUUGGUAAAGAGUUGCAAUCGGAAGACAUUGUAAAAUUGUUAAAAAAAACAGACUUAGAAGAUUAUUUGCUAUUCGAAGAAGAUCUAGACGAUCCUCCUUUUGUGGGUUCACUAGAAAAUAUACCGUCCAGCUCAAGCGACAACGACAACGAGAGUGAAGAUGGUGAUUGGUCCAAAGAUAAAAUUUAUGGGGUUCCUAAUUUGAUCUCAGAU